AUGCACACCCACGACCCAAGCUGGGUUGUAUUCUCUUCGAAGGCAGCGGCAAACAUCGGCUUUCAGGCACUCAUCCCAGCCGUUAUAUUCUUCUCUAUCGCUCUGGUUACGGUGAUACUCAGGUGGUACUCUCGGGCUUGCUUGUCAAGUAAAGCGGGAACAGAGGAUGUCCUCGUGACUGUUGCCUUGGUUGAAUUUCACAUCGACACGGAUAACACCAACGAUGAAGUGCGCUCCUCCUCCCUCGAGACAAUGAUGAAGCUCGUCUUCGCCCAAUCACUCUUCUACCAACUUUCCAUCAACCUUGUCAAAGCCUCCAUCGUCUUCCAAUACCUCCGCCUCUUCUCCUUUAUAUCACCCGUCAUCCGCUGGACCUGCUUUACCUAUCUCUUCGUCAUCUUCUCCGCCGCCGCAUGGGGUGCCCUCGGCGUCGUGUUCAUGUGCAGGCCGGUGCAGAAGUACUGGAAAGCGCAAAUUCCGGGGGAGUGUACUGAUCCUGAAAGACACUUUUGGUCGAAUGCGAUCAUUGGGAUUGUGCUGGACUUUGCGAUAUGGGUGUUACCUAUGCCAGUGAUCGGGAGGUUGAAAUUGCCGAAGAAGCAGAAAAUGGGGUUGGUGGGUGUAUUUGGACUAGGUGGAUUCAUUUGCAUCGUUUCCAUCCUGCGUCUUGCACUGGUUAAUGGUGCUGCAGAAGCGGGAGAGGUGACUAAACCCGGUACCCACGCCAUCCUCUGGUCCACUAUCGAAGUCAAUGUGGCCAUCAUCUGCGCGUCUUUGCUUGUUAUGAAACCGCUAUUUGUCCGGCUGUGGCCCAGAAUGAUGAUCGAGCCGCCCAGCGCCCGGGACGAUUCGAAGGCCUUCUUCAUCUGGGCGACGGCGACGACGUUGAAUGAAACAGUAUUGGACUUGCGGAGUGAGGAUGGGCUUGAAGGGAGGGUUGGAAGAGAGGAGAGAUAUGUGGGGUUGAGGAAGAAGGGGACUGGGCCGGAAAGUAUGAUGGAGACGGGUAAGAGUACAAGUGAGAGACAUGAAGAAAGUGAUGAUGUUAUUUGGCCGAGUCGGACGCUUGAUUCUGGAAGGACUUUGGGGAGUUUCUGA